AUGGCGACGAACGCACCUUCCAAUGGUAGUGUACAACAUGCUCAGGAAAAGGCUGAAACUCAUCUUCACAACAUCAUCAAACAUGAUGUAUCCCAAGGUGCCAUUGUUCACUCCUUUGACCCAAACGCUUCUCCCCAGCAGAAGGCUGCUGCUGCGGGGAAGCAGAGUGACCGACUGAAAAGUAUCAUUGUCCAGCAGGACGGAAGUGCGCAAGGCGAAAAGGGUACGCUUUUCUCUCUGCUACGUCUCCCCAACGUAACGUUUAUAUCAGACUCAUCUAUUGAUGCCACUGGAGGAGGCACCCUUCCUACCAUCACAGUGGAAGACGCGGACAACGCGACCAAGGAAGAACAGGAGAAAGCGGGCAGUGCCACUCCUUCUGCACCUACAGUACCUGGCGAAUAUCCCUCUGGUGUCACUCCAGCGAUUCCGGAUUGGUAUAAAGUUGGCUGGCGUGCUGUCGCAAAUAUUGAUGCACCUCCGCUUGAAGAAGGCGAGGAGAAAGAUAAACACAUACUUCAGCUUUUCUUGUCUGAGCAAUAUUAUGGCCAGUGGUACCACAAUGCUGCUCUUAUCUUCUUUGCUGUAUUCGCCUCUCACUUCUUGACCCGAUUCAAUUUCGGCUGGGGAUGGCUGAUCAUCUUGCUGUCCAUCUGCAGCACCUACUACAUGACUUCAAUGACUCGUGUCCGCCGGUGUGCCCGCGAUGACAUUCAGCGGGAAUUGGUCAAGACACGCCUUGCGUCCGAGCACGAAUCCGCUGAGUGGAUGAACAAUUUCUUGGACCGUUUCUGGCUCAUUUACGAGCCUGUUCUCUCUGCUACGGUCGUCGCCUCUGUUGAUCAGAUCUUGAGUACCACCACUCCUGCCUUUUUGGACUCCUUGCGCCUCACAACCUUCACCCUUGGGACGAAGGCUCCCCAUAUAGACAAAGUCAGGACAUUUCCAAGGACUCCUGACGAUAUUGUCAUGAUGGAUUGGGGAAUUUCCUUCACUCCUAGUGAUACAUCGGACAUGACUCCCCGUCAAGCAGCGCAAAAAGUAAACCCCAAAAUUGUACUAUCUGUUCGCGUGGGCAAAGGUCUUGCCACAGCCUCUAUGCCCGUCCUUCUCGAGAACAUCUCCUUCAGCGGUUUGAUGAGGAUUAGGCUGAAGUUGAUGGCGAAUUUCCCUCAUGUGCAGAUCGUGGAUAUCAGCUUCCUUGAAAAGCCUGUUAUCGACUACGUGCUUAAACCGGUGGGUGGCGAGUCGCUUGGAUUUGACAUAGCCCACAUUCCUGGUCUACAGACUUUCAUUCGGGAUAUGGUUCACGGCACGCUCGGUCCCAUGAUGUACGACCCGAAUGUGUUCACUCUCAAUCUUGAACAACUUCUUUCGGGUGCACCCCUUGAUGCAGCUAUCGGCGUUGUUCAAGUCACUAUCGAGGCCGCUCGCGGACUCAAGGCCAACAAGAUUGGUGGAGGCUCUCCUGAUCCCUACGUCAGCAUCAGCAUUAAUAACCGCGGGGAACUUGCGAGAACCAAGCAUAAGCAGAGCACAUACAACCCAACGUGGUUGGAGACAAAGUUUAUUCUGGUAAACUCCCUUCAAGAGUCGUUGGUGCUUAGUCUCCUUGACUACAACGAUCAUCGCAAGGACACUCCUCUUGGCGCUGCCACCUUCGAGCUGCAGAAGCUACUAGAGGACGCAACACAGGAAGGUUUGGAACUACCCGUGUUAAAAGAUGGAAAGGAUAAAGGAAUGGUUCGUUUCGACGUCAACUACUUCCCCGUUUUGAGGCCUCAAUCCGUCGACGGCAAAGAAAUUCUACCUCGAACAAAUGUUGGAAUUGUCCGCUUGACUAUACAUCAGGCUAAGGAACUCGAUGCUACGAAAUCACUUUCUGGCGAUCUGAACCCCUUAGUCAAGGUCUUCCUUGGGAAUAGCACUUCCCACACGCAUAAAUCUCAGAUCAUGAAGCACACGAACAAUCCUAUUUGGGAAUCACCGACUGAGUUUAUUUGCGCAGACAAGGCGUCUUCAGUCAUCACUAUCAAGGUGAUCGACGAGCGAGACUUCCUUAGAGAUCCUGUGGUCGGCUACAUGUCUGUCCGACUGGUCGAUCUUCUCCAGACGGACCCCACUCUUGUCAGGCAAUGGUGGCCCCUGAAUGGCUGCAAGAGCGGUAAGAUCAGGCUCAGUUGCGAAUGGAAGCCGCUACAAAUGGCUGGCGCCCUGAGCGGCGCGGAUGUGUAUGUGCCUCCGAUAGGUGUCGUUAGACUUUGGUUGCAGAAGGCGAUUGAUGUCAAGAACGUGGAAGCGACUUUGGGCGGCAAAAGUGAUCCUUAUGUUCGAAUAUUGGUCAACAACGUCACUCUUGGGAGGACCGAAGUCAUCAACAACAAUCUGAAUCCCGAGUGGGAUCAGAUAAUCUAUAUCCCGGAGAGGCAAGUUUCUCAACCCCUCUUCGAAUCUAGGCUAAUUUGUGAUCAGUCGAUGUUCAUGGAAGUUAUGGAUUACCAGCAUUUAACCAAGGAUCGCUCCCUUGGGUCGGUGGAAUUGCAUGUCAGUGAUCUCGCACGCGAGUCACCAGCUGAUCCACAGUACCGCUACGAAUCAACCGGCGCUAAGGAUAUUGCUGAGCCCAUUAAGAUCGACAACAACUCGUACAAAGGGCACCUGCACUACAGAGCUGAAUUUGUACCAGCUUUGAAUUUGAAGCAUGUGCAUUUUGACGCAAGCGAGAACGAGAUCCAGAUCGCCGCCCAUAAAGCCCAGCGCAUUCAUGAUAAGGGUAGUUCAAGCAGCAUCGGCAGUUCCUCAAGCGAAGAAGAGGAGCGAUAUGUCACCGUCAAUGGUCCAAUGACUGGGGCAGGGACGCAUGGCCCACCCCAAUCUGUGCGAGCCGAUGGGGGUGAGGAUGCAAAACCGGACGACGAAGCUCCAUCACCGACGGACAAAGAUUCUGCAAAAAAAGGCAAAGAUUCUGCAAAAGAAGGCAUCGAGCUCAGCAAGGAAGAGUUGUUUAAGCAUCAGUCGGGUGUCAUCAUCUUUAACGUGAUAGGUGGUCAUUUGCAGAAGAAAGCUCGUCUUGAUGUGCUCUUGGAUGACGCGUAUUGGCCUGCUUUCAGCACCUUGAAAUCACAAGGUACUAAUGCUCAGUGGUCGCACGUGGGUGAAGGCUUCCUUAAAGAGCUCGACUUUGGUCGUGUCUGGCUGCGCUUGAAUGAGAGCAGUGAUCUUGACAAGGAUGACAUUAUAGCAGAAUGGAAGGGUGAUGCCAAGGCUUUCUUAGAUGCCACCCUGGAUCGUCGGUCGUCAUUCACACUCACAGAUGCGGAUGGCCGCUCGUCCACGGUUGAGAUUGAAGCCCGCUAUGUGCCUGUCCCAGUGAAGCUCUUGCCUAGAGAGAGUAUUAACAACCAAGGCAUGCUCCGAGUUGACCUUCUGUCUGGAAAGGACCUUCGCGCUGCCGACAGGACAGGCAAAUCUGAUCCGUUCGCCGUCUUCACUCUCAAUGGCACGAAGGUGUUCACAUCUCAAACCAAGAAGAAAACUCUCAACCCUGAUUGGUCAGAAGAUUGCAUAGUUAAUGUGCCAUCUCGAGAGGCAGCUGACUUUUCCGUCGAAGUUUUUGAUUGGAAUCAACUCGAGCAAUCCAAGAGUCUUGGGCGUGGUACCAUCAACCUGCGUGAUCUUGAACCCUUCGUGGCCUCGGAACAGAUGAUCGAGCUCUCCUCAGAAAAGCACGGUGCAAAAGGACAGGUCGCAAUUCGAUUGCUCUUCCAACCGGAGAUAAUUGCCAAGAGCCGGAAGGCGACCUCGACCUUCUCUAGUGCGGGCCGCGCCAUGACCCAGAUUGGAUCGUUGCCCUUCGGUGCUGGCAAGGGCGUCGUCCGUGGCAUUGGUAAUGUCUUCAAAAGGGACUUUGGGGGUAGUCAUGAAAAGUUAGAUGCCCUCCACGCUGAGCCAGAGAUUGCCGCCGGUCAAGCAUCGCAGCCGAUAGGAGAGCAGACCGCAGGCGAUGACACCACCUCUCAUACUACCGCCACUAGUUUCCCCUCCUUGAGUCGUACUCCUUCAGCUUCGGGCCCACCAUCAGAGCCUGGAACACUCAGAGUAACGAUGAUAAGUGCCAAAGAUGUAUCUAUGGCGGAGGCGAAACCGUACGCAGUUAUACGUGUCGGUGACAAGGAGUUCAAAACAAAGCAUGGUAACAAGACAUCAUCACCAGAAUGGAACGAGUCUUUCAAUUUCGCUGCCAGCGCACACACGCCAAAAUUGCACCUCUGGAUUCAUGAUCAUAAGACGCUCGGAAAAGACAAGCAGUUAGCUCAGGGCGAGGUUGAUAUCUGGCGGCACAUACAAGUUGGCCGGUCGACGGCUGCUGAGGUUACCGUCGAGCUUCAAGGUGGCGGGCAAGCCCGCAUCCGUCUCGAAUUUGAUGCAGAGAAUAAUCCACUAGCGCGAGAUGCGUCCUUGGCUUCCCCUGAUCGUUCACAGCUGCAGGCGUCGCCAUCGAGGUUCAGCAUCAGGGGUCUUAGACCAGGAUCGCAUGAGGACAGUUGA